ACGAGAUUUUUACAAAUGGGUAUAUGAUUUAAUAACAGCCCAUUUCUUUCUUUGUCACUCCAAUACAUUCUCCAGCCAAACUUACACAUCCGUCCUAGCCACAGAGUUCCACUCCCUUCACUAUUCUUCUUUCAGACGCCAUUAACCAAGCUCCGGAUUUGAUACCUCUCUACCCUAAUUUUUUCCAGCCGGUUUUACUAUGACUAUAAUGGCGUUCUUCUAUAGCGGGUGAUUACAGGCGCAAGAACAUGGAGUAUGGAAGGAAUGGAAUUUUGCACCGAACUUAUACUCCUUGCGCCAGUGGGAAUCUCAAUUGGGGAUAGCGUUGGGUAUUCUUUUGGGGUAUUCUAGCCCCAAAUUUAACAUUCCUAUCAUUGUUUUUUUUUGGGGGGGGGGAUAAAACACUUCUAUUUUUCUAGCAUUGUGUUAGGCCGUUUGGGGUGGAGCUCAGGAAGGGCAUCAGGGGCCACGUGGCAGCCUUCUAAACGGCUAUUUGGAGUUUUGGACCGAUAGGUCCGGAUUUAUAGGUCCGGAUUUUAAUUUUUCUCUUUCUACCCUCUAUUUACACAACACCUAAAUCUACUCCAUUCGGCCAUUCCAUACUCAUUUUCCUUGUCAAAUUUAAAUUCUCUCCAUACUAGCUAUAAUUUUUCUUCCUACCCUCUAUUUGUUGCCAUGGCCUCUUCAUCACCUUCCGACGAAGCCGAACAAAUUUUUUUUAGUCUGAUGGCGGAGGCAGCACUAAUACUUUUGGCAGAAGAAGAAAACACACAGACGUCAGAACCAAGAAGAAGACAUGCACCUUUAAAUCAAGAUCGACAGGCUGCUCAUGAACAGUUGGUUUUCGACUACUUCGCGGAACACCCCGUCUACAACGACGAACAGUUUAAGCAUCAGUUUCACGAAGGUCGCGCAAUAUGCGAGUGCGACCCGAAUGACGUUGAUGAUGAUGUUGAGCCGGUUGAUGCGACACAACAAGAGUCAAAUAGGUGGGCGUUACAUAAUCUGGAUACGCAUCUCCACCUCCGCGCCGAUUUGAUAGAGCAUAUUUGGAAUUUCGAUCAUGAAAUUCAAGAGGACGAGUAGUUUUUAUAAGUCUAGUUUUUCUAUUGCACUUUUUUAACACUAUCAAGUCUGAUUUUUUUUAACGCACCUUUUUCUAUUACGCCCUAUCAAAUGUUCAAUUUAAGCUUUUUAGUUUAAGUUAAAAAAAAGUAUAUGAAAUGUUAUAAAAUUAAUAUUAAAAAAAUUAUGCUCUUUAAUUUAAAAAUAUUAAUAAGAUGUUUAAUUUUAGUUUUUUAGUUUAAGUAAAAAAUUAAAUGAUAUAUUUUAAAAGUAAUUUAAAAAAUUAAAAAAAGGAUGGGGAUGGUGAGGAACUGAGGAUGCAGUGAAUAACACUCCUGAAUGGGGAUGGAAAAAGGUUUAUUGAAGCUGAACUGGCAGAUGGAGAUGUUAGGGAUGCAGUGAUCCACACACUAAACAGGUACUUGAAGGAUGUCUUUGUUAAUCUCCGUCAAAGAUUACUUUGCAACACAAUAUUUAGUAUUCUUUGACAUAUGGGAAGGAGUUGGUGCAACCUCAAAUGCAAUAAGGAAAAACAGAGUUCUGGGUUUAAGCUCAGUGAAGAGGACAUGGAACUGAUCUAUAACUUUAUUGUUGACUUUUACCCUUCAUGUAUGUGGAACUUUUUGUUGACUUUUUUCCAUAUGUAUUCUCUCAAUUUUGUUCUUUUCGUGAGGUGUUCAAAUAGUAAGAUUGUUUAUUUUGUGAUCUUUGAGUCUCUGACUAGCAUUUCUCCUCUUUUAAUGGGAU